AUGUUCAGGAACGAUUAUCAGGGUGGUCUAACGGUUGACAUCUUCAGCGCACAAGGAAAAGACCCUGUGGCAAAAUGGAAACUAUAUGGCAGGAAAUCUUCAAUAACUAAAGUGUUUGAUAAAGAAGUGAAGGGCUUUGUAUACAGUCUUGAAGGCAGCAGUCAAACACACAAGAUGCAGUUACCCAAGGAUAGCAAGAUGACCCUUGGUCUGAUUCAGAAGUUUCUGAUUCUACAGGUGAACGUUCCAUUGGGAAGAGAUUUUUCCACUGAGUUUUUAGUGACUGACGAAGAGCAUCUAAAGAAGAGACUCUACCUGUCUACUGUGCACAAAGAGCUCUCAGCAACCCCUUUGCAUGCCAGAAUUCCUCUAACUUGCCUCAAACGCAAUACUUGGUGUAAUCUGUGUAUCGAUCUGGACUCUCUCACCGCUGAGAUAUUCAGAGGGACACGCUUCCUGUCUCUGGAUGGCAUCAUCAUCUCCUCCUUCUGUAAGGUCCGUCGCAUCUUCACGAUGAAGAAUGAACCUGCAGACUGCAUGGAUGGAGAAAUAAGUAACGGUCCAAUAGAAGAGAUUCCGAGAAACUGCCAGUUUCCAAGUGAAGUUCAGCAUGUUGUCCAGCUGGUGAACAUGAAGACACUGGGGCAGACUGCAAACUCAGACGCCGAAGAGACAGGUGGUGUCAAAGCAUCCAUCACAAGGGGUCCUACACCGCGGGACUCGUCCCAUAUUGCUUUCGGGUCAAAAGUUAUCGGACCCCCUCCGCUCACUGCCAGGAAGAGCAGCUCAUCUGCAAACAGGAAAGAAGAAAGAACCAAGUCUGAACUGAGCCUCAACAUACCGUCAGGCAGAACUGAAAAUGUACAGCCACGACCUCCACUUGAAAGGCCAUCCGCUGAGAAAAUGGGCUCUAGGAGACCACAGAGAAUCCAGAAUGUGAGGAGAGAAAAAUCAAACACAGAUAAAGAAGGUGGCAAAAUUAGCCUGAACCCAGAGGGACCUGAACUUCAAGGAAAAAUUGCAUUAUCCUCACUUCAAACUCUGGGCUCUGGCUUACCAGUAGAAGACAAAUUAACCAAUCCAAUUCUACGAGACUGUGCUUCUAGUGCGGAUACAUCUGGGUCAGCCUUCAAGCCUCCAUGCGCUGCUUCACCUCCAGAGCGUCUGCUGACUACAGAUGAUGCUGACCUUUGUGACACAGAAACUGAGCUCUCUCUCUGCGAUGAGGAAUACGAAGAGGAAGUCUUCACUUUCUCCUCAUGCCCUCACUCAGCCAGACGGAAUCAGGCUAGCAGCAACCCUGUUGAGGAUUUGACCUUUGGCCUUAAAGGUCACAAGCUGGUAACAGAAGGAGAGCGCAAAGAUGCACGUCUGGAGGAUGAUUUUGUCGGUAGUGAGAGUGAAGAGGAUGAAAUACAUACCGAGUUCCUUCUGAGAUGUGCAGUCCAUUCCAUUACUGCUCCCCCAUCACCUCCUUCAGUACAAAAAUACACAGUCCUACCCAAGUUCUCUUCUGAGCCAAUUAAGACUCAAGCUUCCACAGUCCAGCAUGUCUCUGAAGGACCAAAGAGGCAUGAACCCAUGCGAAUAGCACCAACCCGCUGCCUCUCACCCAAUACCAGACAAGGGAGCAGACUGGAUCGGUCCGAAGCUGACACCAGGAUAUCUAUCAACAGAGCAUCUGUGCGAGAGAUUUCACUGAAGAAUUCUGGCCUCCAAAAGGUGAGUAUCGAUGAGAGGGUUCAACCUUUGGGCUCCAGCAGGUGUGAUCUGAGGAGAAGUCAAGACGAAGAGGAUGAGGAAGAUGAGCUGCGAAUGUUGGCCAGUUUAAAGAGAGAGCAGGAGGAAGAAGGAGACGGAGACAUGGGCGGCCCGGGCCUUAGUGCAUCACAGGUUCACCACUGCAACAUAAGUCUGAGUGCAAGCAGCGAUGACACCUCAACCUGGACUCAGUGUAUUCCUUUGCCAGUGGAUCAAGGCCAGCACUAUCAGAAAGAAAUGAACCCUCUUCUUCACUCUAAUCCCAGAGAAUGGAUGGAUGUCCUCAGCCCUCCAAUAGUUCAUCCAAAUCAACAGAUGGCAGAUGGGAAAGGAGACCACGGCAAGGUCUCACCUAGAGGGUCUACGUUGCACAACAUCAGUGGAGAAGAAGAGUUUCUCAAUUUAAUGUAUGAUCCCUGCCUCAACUGUUACUUUGAUCCACAAUCUGGGAAAUAUUACGAACUGCUCUGAUUCCGAGAUGAGUUACAUC